ACAAGAAAAACUUCAAGGCUACACUAAGCGUGGGUUGUUUGAAAACUAAUUACCGAACCAUUGUCUAUUGUUUCUGUGGUUGUAUUAUGCUAUCAUCAUUCAAAUGUCAUACUUAUCAUGUUUCAUCACAGUUAUUGCCAGACAGUAAUUACAUAGUAGCAUUAUUUAUCGUGUGUGAUUAUUGUUAACCUUGAAAACAUCGACAUUAUCUCACUUAGUAUCUGUCAAUGCCAGACAUUUCGGAAUACCGACUCGGAAGUGCAUGUAGAAUAAAUAACUCAGACCAGUUUCCAGAAAAAGCAGAUUCCGAGGCUUCUAUUCUGGACCCAUCUGGUUCGGAUGCAUUGAAAUUUGAAGAGUGUAUGGUUUCUGUCCAAAAAUCACAGCAUGUAGUCAAUGAUAAAGCAUCUUCUGGCGAUGACGGUUCCAAUAACAAUAAUCUAAAUAUGGAGGAGAUCACUUGUUGUUGUCACGACAGUAAAAAUGAAUGCGGUAUACUCAAUGAUUCAAAUUCAUCAUCUUGGUUGCGACGUCUAUUUACGUCAAGCUUAUUUAAUUUAGAUAUGACAAUUCAAUAUUUAUUUAAAUCAGAGGAUGUGAAUGUACAAAUGUAUUUGGCUGAUCGAUUAUUCGGUUUUCCAGAAUCUGAUGUAGACUUUUACUUAUUACAACUUGUUUCUCUUUAUGAGAAAUCGCCUUCAUUAGCUGAACAUUUAACUAAUUAUUUUAUAUAUCGAUGUACAAAAUCUGUUUCAUUUGCAAUAAAUCUUAUUUGGUUAUUGGACGCAUUCAGUUCACAUUCAUAUAAUCCAUUGAAACGUGUUUCAUCAAUUCUACUUAAUCGUCCAUCAUCAAUGCCAAUAUUCUCUUAUGUAUCUAAUCAAUUGUAUUUAAUGAAUUCCAGUGAUAAUUCUCAAUCAAUAAAUAAUAAUAAUAAUAGUAAAUUUAUUAAAUUAAAAUCUAGUUCAUCGGCUAUUACACCUUUACAAGAAUUAGAUUAUCAUAAUGAUAACAAUGGUGAUGAAAAUUACAAUACAAAUGUGGUUCCUACUCCUAUUACAACUACGACUAAUAAUUCGACAGAAUUGUCCAAUGAUAAUCGAUUCGUGUAUACGGCACAAACUUUACGGGAUUUAUUACUACCGAUUGAUGAGACUACAUGGGGUAGUUUUAUUCCACAAUCGAUAGUAAAUGGAAGCUACAACAUGGGAUCGUAUAAUAAUGUUAAUACUCACCAUACACAUAAUACUUCUUCUCCAUCAUCUAAUUGUAAAUUAUCUCCAAAUAUUCAUCAUAAUAUCGGGCAUAAACGAAGUACAUCUGAUGUAACAAGUUUAAGAAAUUAUCAUUAUUAUGUAGAUAAAUCUAGACAUCGUGUUGUUAUGGAUCAGUUAGAUCUAAUAAAUAAUACUGAAACGAAUCAAUCAAUAACAACAAUCAUUUCUAAUCCAAAUCGUUGGUCAUCAUCACAAGAUUCAGCUGUUUGUUUAUCAACUAUUGAUGAUAGUGUAAACAAUCCAAUAACAACUAUAUCUAAUCAUAUCACAAAUCAAAUAUCAUUAAAUUCAAUAUGUCCUAUCAUAAAUCAUUUAUCAAAUCAAACAAAUUCUUUAUUCAAUGAAAAUCGACAUUCAUUACAUCAAUUACAUUUGAAUAAUCUUGAUCAAAAUCCAAUUAAAUCAAGUAUGAGUAUGAAUAAGAUUAUUACAAAAGAAAUUCUACCACAGUCAUGUCUUCCGAAACAUUCUCUUUCAUCAGUGAAUUUACAACGAUUAAAUUCAUCAUUGUGUAUCAUGAAUGAUGUAAAUUCUGCACAAAUUAAAUCAUCAUCGUCUUUAAAUCAAACUGCCACUGUUCGUGGUGAGAAUAACGACAGGAAUGAUGUUGAUCGCGAUUUAUCUUCCUACUCUACAAAUAAUAUAACUUCUGAUUUAAUGCUUGGAUCCUUAGAAGGAGUACCAGUACGUACAACAAUAAAACUCACUAAAACAAAGUCAAUAAAUGAAGCAAGGAACAAUCCAACUCACACUAUGGAAUCUUGUAGUUCCACAACAGAAUCGUCAAGUCCAUUUGAUAGUGGUCUGUAUAUGACAGCUCCUAAUCGUUGUAUACAUGGUAGUUGCGAUGGUGUUGGUGUUGUUGACCAUGGUGAUGACGAUGAUGAUGAUGAUGAUAAUCAUGGUGUUAAAUUACAAUCACCAGAGAAUUCAUUUCAUUUACCACAUUGUCCACAUUAUCACACUACUUCAUCAGUUAUGUAUCGAGCUUUAACAUUACGUAAUUAUCUAGUCCCUAGAAUAAUUCCUGAAUGGGAUUUUGUUGAUGGUCUUUUGAGAAUAGCUCGUCGAUUAGUACCAAUUAGUCCCAAAGAGCAAAGAACUGCUCAUUUACAGGCAGAAUUAGCAAAUUUAAAUCUUCAUUUACCUGCACGGGUAUGGUUACCAGUAAAUAAAGCUGGUCAUAUUGUUUUACGUAUUCCACCAACUGCUGCGGUAUGUUUAAAUUCCAAGGAUAAAGUACCAUUUUUAAUCUAUGUGGAAAUAUUGUGCUGUGAUGAUCCAUCAAUUAUUUCUUUACCUAGUCGAUCGAUAACAGCAGCCAGUUCAAAAAGUUCCAAUUCAUUAUCUGCUGUUUAUCCAUGGAAUCCUAAUUCACAUACAGGUUGUUUUUCAUCUACUGAAAUGACAGAAAAUCAUGAAAUCAAUGUAAAUACACGUACAUCAGAUGAAUUAAGUCUUCGUUCCUCUUCUAUAUCAUCUAAUGUUUCUUUAAGUGAAGAAUUAAUAAAUCCUACAGAAUUUAAUCAUCAUCAUCAACAUCCUCAUUAUCAUUUAACUAUAGAUGAAAUGGAUGAAAGAAAAGAGCAUACAACUAAAUGUACACAUAAUCAAUUUGAACUUAAUGAAACUAUAAUGAAAGAUGAUUCUUUCACAGCUACUGAUUCAAUAACAGUAACUAAUGCUAAUCGAUCUAAAUCUCCAAUUUAUAUUGGAGCUGGUGAAAUACGUAAUCGACUUAAAGAACAAUGUGAACUUCAACCGCAUAAAUCGUUUAGAUGUGAUCCAGAAGAUCCAAGUGCAGCAGUGCUAAAAGAACCAUGGCAUGUAAAACGUGAACGUAUACGUGCUACAUCACCAUGGGGUAAUUUACCAGGAUGGAUUUUAACCAGUGCAAUUGUAAAAGUUGGUGAUGAUGUAAGACAAGAACAAUUAGCUUAUCAAUUACUUACUGUGUUAAAAAAUAUUUGGUCAAUGGAGUAUGUUCCAUUAUGGUUACGUCCAUUAACUGUAGUUGUUAUAUCAUCUGAUAGUGGUUUUAUUGAACCUGUCCCUGAUACUGUAUCAUUUCAUCAAAUCAAACGACAUGCUCAUUUAUCAUUAUUAGAUUAUAUGCAUCGUGAACAUGGUGGAGAUAACUCUGAAGAGUUUUUAACUGCUCAACGUAAUUUUCUACAUAGUUGUGCUGCUUAUUGUUUAGUCAGUUAUUUGUUUCAAGUUAAAGAUCGACAUAAUGGUAAUAUACUAUUAGAUAAUCAAGGUCAUGUAAUACAUAUUGAUUAUGGUUUCAUUUUAUCAUCAUCACCGGGGAAAAAUUUCGGCUUUGAAACAAGUCCAUUUAAAUUAACAUUAGAACAAGUUGAUGUUAUGGGUGGUUUAAAUAGUGAUUUAUUUGAAUAUUUUAAAUUUCUUUUAUUACGUGGUUUAUUAGCUGCACGUAAACAUAUGGAACAGAUUUGUGUACUGGUUGAAAUAGCUCAUGCUACAUGUCCACAAUUACCAUGUUUUGCUCGUGGUAAUGGUUGUCGAACUAUUACUGAUUUACGUCAACGAUUUCAAUUAUCACGUACAGAAGAACAAUUAAAACAAUUAGUUGAUCAAAUGGUUCAUAAUUCAUUAAAUUCAGUGACAACAAAAUUAUAUGAUAGUUUUCAAUAUUAUACAAAUGGUAUACAAUAAUAAUCAUCAUCAUCAUUAUAAUUCUAUAACCAGAAUAAGAUUCUAAUCCCAGUGACUAAAAGAUUCACAUUAUGUCUUAAUUAUACAAAUGAAUAAAGGAAAAAGAAGAAGAAGAAGAAAUGAAAUGAGGGUGGGGGAAGGGGCAAACAUGAUGAGGAUUGAUUGUGAGUAUCCUUUUUGUUCAUUUUCUUCUUUAUCAAUAUUAUCAACAACUGUGAUAAUUUUCUUUUUAUAGAGAAAUCAUUUCAAUAUGUUGCACAAUUUUGAUGAGAUUUAUCUGUCUCUGUGUGUGUGUGCGAGAGAGAGAGAUAGAGAGAAGGGGGGAAAGAAUUAAUUCGUGUGUGUUUUAUGCUCAAUUGUGAAUAAUUUUACAGGUUAUUAUCUAUUAUUUUUGUCUUCUGUUUCAUAUCCCCACUCCUAUAUACAUACACAUACACACACAUACAACUGUAAACAUAAUUGUAAUGGUCAAUCAUGUGAAGAGAAGCCUUAUUAUCACUUUUUUUUAUUGGUUUGUCUCUUCCCUAUUCUAAUUUGUUUUUUGUGGUUUGGGUUACCCUGGGGCGCAUAUAAAGGGGAUAUGUCUGCUUUAUUGUUCAUUAUAUUUUUAUUAUUUCUCUCACCACCACUACCACCCUCCAUUGAUAAUAAUUAUGAUGUGUGUUUUUGUGUAAGUAGUAAGUUUUGAUUCCUUUACAAAAUCUCUUUAUCUUUGCUUUCAUGUCUUCCCCGUACCACCCACCCACUCAGAAACAAAACAUCAUCAUUGUACUACUUCAUUAUGGCAACUAAUUGAACAGAUCCAUACAUGUUCUUUAUCGUUAUGUAUGAUGUACAUGGUUAAUGUACAAUCAUUUUUGAUAUUUAUAUUUAUAUAAAGAGAAAAGAAUGAUACGAUUUUACGUAUGUUUUAUAAUUUAAUCAUGGAAUAAUAAUAUUUUUUCAUUCUAAUUUCAGAUAUUGAUUGUUUAUUUUGUUUUGUUUGUCUUUUCUCUUUUCUUUUCUUUCUUUUUUUGUGUACGUUUUUACACAUUAAUUUCUUUUCGUUUCUAAUUGGUUAAUAAUAAUAUAGUUUUGAUCCCCCCACUCUCUUUCUCUCUCUCUCUCUUUUUUAUUCUUUUAAUUUAUCUCUGAGGGACUUGGUUCACUCUUUUAUUGGUUACUAAUGGAUAAUGGAUUAAUUUGCAAUGUGUAUGCCACUGUGUGUGUGUGUACGUAUGUAUGUAUGUAAACAAUAUUAUGGUAGAAUAAAUUAAUUUUACACAUUGCUUUGAA